AUGGAUCCAACAUCUGAACAAAUGAUACAUCAUUUACGACGUGCUAACGAAGUUGCAAAACGAGCAGUACAAUUUGGUCAUCAUCCAUUUGGUUGUAUUCUUGUUGCACCUGAUAAUGAAACUAUAUUAAUGGAACAAGGUAAUGUAGAUACGGUGAAUCAUGCUGAAUCUACGCUUGUUCGAACAGCUUGUACAAAUUUUUCUUCUGAAUAUCUUUGGAGAUGUACACUGUAUACAACAUUCGAACCUUGUGUGAUGUGUACUGGUACAAUAUAUUGGGCUAAUAUUGGACAUGUAGUUUUUGGUGCAACAGAAAAGCGUCUACUUGAACUUACUGGUAAUAAUGAAAAGAAUCUAACACUUGAUAUUCCUUGUCGUUAUGUAUUUGAACAUGGACAAAAGAAUGUUAAAGUAUAUGGACCGUUUCAUGAACUUGAAGAAGAACUUGUCGAACCUCAUAAACAAUUUUGGAAAUAA